CCAUCCAGAGGGACCUCUUGUCUCCAGACAGCAUCACAGUGGGACCACGGAGGGAGAGAAAGAGGGAGCUAGCAUAGAAGCAGCCCCGGCUGGGGAGGUCCAUGGAGCUGCAAAGGCUGGCAGAGGUGGUUCUGGCCAUGGUGGCAACUGCGUUCAAUGGGAGUUGCUUAGGGAGACAGAGAGUGGCCCACCUUGCCUGGCCGCCGCAGAGGGGCACAGACAGCUGACAAGGACACAUGGCAGUAAGAAGUCAAAGUGCCCUUUGGAGAGAAUCCACUUUGGUUUAAUGACAGAUGACGGAUCAAGAUGCUUCAGGUGUGUGCACUGAAGAGCCCCUUGCUGUGAAACACCCCCCACCCAUACCUGUAUAUGCUACACUGGAGGGGUGGGGGAGAAAAGGCCCAGCAGAGGAUAGGAAAUGAGGAGGAUCAGCUGCCUUCUGGCAUUGGUCCUUUUCAUCCUUGCUGUGAUCAAUGCUGAGUGUUCCUCUAGACCAGGGCCCAGAGUGUGUUCCAUGGGGCUGAAGAGCCAGGUGGUGUCCUACCUCGUGUCCCAUGCCCAACCUAUGUACCAGCCUUACCUCACCUUGUGCCAGGGAUACAGGCUCUGCAGUAUGUACAGAACCAUCUACAAAACUGCCCAGCGCCUAGCCUAUCGGAAGCAGUCCUAUCCAACAUAUGCCUGCUGUCCUGGGUGGAGACGGGCAAAUAGUGCCCCUGGGCAUGGAUGCAGUAUAGCAAUCUGCCGCCCCCCUUGCCAGAAUGGUGGGAAGUGUCUGUCCCCUAACAAGUGUUCUUGCCCUUCAGGAUGGAGCGGAAAGAGUUGCCAGAAAGAUGUGGACGAAUGUGCUGGAGGGAGACACGGGUGCAGCCACACCUGUCACAACGUGGUUGGGAGUUACCGCUGCACCUGCCAGCAAGGUUACGAACUUGGUGUGGAUGGAAGGACCUGUGAGGCUCUGGGGGUGCCCACGGAUGCUGUGAGCCCAGGAACCACCGUUUUACUUGCAAUUUUUCUCCCUCUUUGCCGUGAAACCUGUGCAGCUAGGACCACCAACCUGAUGGUGGAGGAUGAAGUUCGGCAGCUGAAGACCAGGAUGGCCGCUCUGGAGGAAGUUCUUGCAAAAAUGAACGUUAAGGAAGACAACAGAAGAUUCAAAUGGAGCAGGACUCCUAGCCUCUUCCGUGUCACCAAAAUAUGCAUCUGUACAGCAGCGAAUAACUUUGUGGACUAAAGAAGCAAAGUGAAGCCAUCAGGCGAUAAAGAAACACAGGAUGCCAGCAAGAAAGGAACUCUUAUUGGCGUCCUGAAAAUUAAGCAAGCUGCAGCUUCUGGUAAUAGAGAAGCUUGCAACCCUCAUCCCCAAAUGUGGUACAUAGGAAGCUGCCUUAUACUGAGUCAGACCCUUGGUCCAUCUGGCUCAGUAUUGUCUAUACUGGCAGCAGCGGCUAUCCAGGGUUUCAGUUCUUUCCUUGAAAAUUAAGCAAGAUUCUAGACCUCAUUGUUUUGUAUAAAGGACUCAAGUAGCAACAAAAGAAGCUGUCUUAUACCAAGUUAGACCAUUGGCCUUUUUAGCUCAGUAAACUACCUGGUUUGUUUGUUUUUUGGUUGGUGGAAGGAGAAGAGAGGAUGAAGGCUGUGUUAUCUUAAAGCAGCUCUGCCCAAACCUGAUACCUUUGGGACUACAACUCCCAUCAUUCCUAGCCCUUGAGCCAUGCCAGCUGGGGUGGGUGGCUGGCUGAUGGGAGUUAAGCAUCCAGCAACAUAAUCAAGCCAGUGGCCCAUCUAGUUCAGCAUCCUCACAAGAGUCCAGUGGCAUCUUAACUGUGAUUCCUGCAUUGGAUUAGAUGAUCCUUGGGAGCCAACUUUUCAACUCUAUGAUACUUAUGUUCUGGAGAGCUGCAGGUUCCACCCAACUCUGAGCCAUGCCUCCCUUUUUCUUCUGCCACCAUAAGCGUGUUCAAAACCUUCCUAUUUUGAAAAUAAUUGCCUAGAGAGAACUUAAUGGUACAAUUUACUCACUCUUCUGCAAAAGUGCAAAGGCUUGACACCAGUAAUGAAUGACCUGAUGCAAUAUUAUUAUUUUUUUCCUUUUGGAAAUAAGUUGUUUUGUUUUCUCCAAUAAAAGACACACACACACAAA